CUGGAGCUGACUGCUAUGCGCGACACGAAGAGAGAGGACACCGGGAUGCUGCGGGUGAAGGUGGAGCCCUCCGGCGAGGACUUCUGGAAGCUGGACCCGGUUAUCGACCUCAUCAAUCGCGGCGCCGUCGGGGUGAUCCCUACUGACACCGUCUACUCCAUCGUCUGUGAUCUGAGUAACAAUGAAUCUAUUGAGCGCCUUCGCAGAGUGAAAGGCAUUGGAGACUCAAAGCCUCUCAGCAUCCUGUGUCGCUCAUUACGUGAUAUCGAUACCUACACAACAGGAUUUCCUCGAGGUACCAACCAAGGGCAAGCUAACAUUUUCCGUGCUGUCAAGCGUGUAAUACCUGGGCCUUACACCUUUAUUUUACCUGCAACCAAGCAAUUUCCCAAACAAUGCAUUAGGCAUGGUUCUUCCACAAGGUAUGCAAAAAGGAGACAGGUUGGCGUCCGAAUUCCAGAUGAUCCCAUCUGCCAGGCAAUAUUGCAAAAUUUGGAUGAACCUUUGAUCUGCACAAGUGUCAAAUAUCUAUCAGAGGAUGAAUGGAUACUUGAUCCAGUAAUCAUUGCCGAUCUCUAUGAGCCACUGGGCCUUGAUUUCAUUGUUGAUGGUGGUCCUAGAAUUGCUGAUCCUUCUACUGUGGUAGAUAUGACAGGAACAAACCCUACUAUAAUUCGUCAGGGAAAGGGUCCAAAGCUGGAUUGGAUGGUAGCAGAAGAUGAAAAAGAGGAUGCACAAUCAAAGUUUGCUUUUAAAGCGGUUUGAAAAUUUGCUUCGCCUCACCUAGUGUAUGGGUUCGCAAAUGCCCCAACCGAGGCAACAUCUUUUGACUUCAUAGGAUGUGAGUAGUUAGUAUGAACUCGUACGGAACGGACAGUGUGCUGUAAAUAUGAAGGCGAUGUAACUGCGAGAUGGCAGAAUUUACCCAGCAGCGACCUUUGCUGCAGAAUUGGAGAGUUGGGUGCUGAUUCUCUUUAACUU